AAGACUGAUGCGGAUAAAUCACAAGUGAUACCUGAAACACCUCCUAUGGAAGAAGAGUUGAAAGCAGCAGAUCAACAGGCAGAACGAGGCCCUGGAGAACUCCGGGCAGACAUUAGGCGCCGUGAAUCUGUUAGCACUGUUGACAUGAGUUCAAGUGACGAAGAUGGCGAUAACGUUGGUAAAGUAGCAAGAAGAUUGAAGAAGAGUGCAAGGAAGGCAAGCCGUGGCGAUGCCGCCUCUGUGGACGCAGACAGCCGAGCAACUGAGAGCUUUCCAAGUUCCGGGGAGGGCGAAAACAAGCAGUCAACACCGCAGGAAUCAGUUCGACGCAAAAAGCGCACUUCACUGAGUGAAGACGUGAAAGCCCGCCGUGCCUUGAUACGAAGCCUGCAUUACACUAGCAAGUCAUCGAGCGAAGACGAACUUGACGAUCCUUUGACGAGCAUGCUCCGUACUCCGAAACAAAGGUCUCCAAGAAAGAGGCGGCGCAAGUCCAGCAGUUCGGGUGUGCAGCUGAGCGAAUCUGCGAGCAAGUGCCUUGAAAAGGCUUCCGAGAAAUAUGGUGACCCGAAGCUGGCGAUGGCUGUCUCUGUUGAGAUACAGCGACUCGACAUUGACCCCUCGAUAAUUGCUGCGGCAAAGAUGGAAAUUGAAGACAGCAUGGAUGAGGAAGAAAAAGAAAUCGCUAGACUCCUUGCUCCAAUAAGGAUGCCUCGAAAGGCCCCAAAAAAGGAGGCAUCUGACGCUGAAAUCAAAGGAGCACCUGAAAGUGAAGCGGGGGAGGUUGAAAAUAAAACAAAGAAGCUGAGAGGUCCCAAAAGCAAAAGGAAAGUGUCGGACUCGAGCGAUGACUUUGACGAGGACGACGAGGUGGUGGCCUGUGGGAGUAUCAUGGAUAUCCCCGGAGCAUCGUUCAUGAUGUCUAAGAAUACUACACGAAAAGACCCACUGCAGGAGGCCUUGCUUGAGAGAAUCCUGCAGAGCGCUUCAGAAGAAUCCAGCGAAGAUGAAAUCGUGGAACCAGAGGAAUGCAAAAAGAAACGUAAGAAAGAAGCAAAGGAAGGCGAUACAGAAGAGGCCAAAGCCACCGAAGUACCAGUAGAGGAGACGAAGGAAAAGGUGUCUGAGAAAGAGGGCAGUGGUGGUAGCUCUUCUGAAGAAAUUGUGAGGAAAAAGAAACCUGGAAAGUACGAGAAGCUCUUGCGAAAAAAUGUGUUUGCCGAGCUUGAUGAGCUCGAGCCAAAGAAGGAAACAAGUAAGGAGUCUGACAAGGAAGAAGCCGCUGUGAAGCCUCCGAAAGUGAAAGCUUCGAAGAAAAGAAAAAUCGUGUACAGCGAUGAUGACGACGCUGCAGACAAGCAGCCAACAAGCAGCUCACUCGAAUCUUCUUCCAGUGACCAGAGUGAAUCGGAUAGCAGUGUAGGCUUUGCGCCUGCCCGCAAGAGAAAGGGCAAAAAUGCAAAAAAGACUGCCAAAGCUUCUUCGGAUGGCUCUGACUUUGCAGUAGGCAAGUCUAAGAAAGGGGGGGCCUCAUCAUCUUCAGAUGCGAACAAGCGGAAGAAAAAGCGGAAGCGCAUCAGGAUGGCUUGUUCUACAGCUGAUGAGAAUGAUGACGACGAUGACAGCUGUGUGGAGAUAAUCCCUGGCCCUAGCCAAGAAGCAGACGGCAAAGGUCGUAAGAACAUUCGCAAGCUCAUCUCCGACAAGAAGCUUACCGAGGAGACUAAGGCCGCAGCACUGGCCGAAGAGGAGAGGAAGAAACGCAUUGCAGAACGGCAGAAGCUGUAUAAUGAAGCUUUGGGCAAAGGACCGACCGAGGCUGACACGAAAGUGAAACAGCUGGUGCUCGAAGUGGAUCUGAAGUCCAAAAAACCGCUUGUGGAGGUUGACGAAGCCCUUGUCAAGUCCAUGAAACCUCACCAAGUCAAAGGUGUCAAGUUUAUGUAUGAUUGUCUGAUUGAAUCACUGGAGAUGCUGAAGAAGGACCCCAUAAAAGGAUCAGGCUGUAUUCUGGCCCAUUGCAUGGGUCUGGGAAAAACAUUUCAGGUGAUCUCUUUCCUUCACACUGUGAUGACGCACAAAGUGUCGGGGCCCUUGCUUCGCACGGCCUUGGUCGUGUGCCCAUACAACACUGUGCUGAACUGGGCAAACGAAUUUGAGCUGUGGUUGGACGGAAACGAUCUUGACAUGAAGAUAUACGAGACGUCUUCCAUCAGAGUUAAUAGCGUCAGGUUGGAGGUUCUUGAUAGAUGGCAGAAGAAAGGUGGUGUGGCCAUCAUCGGCUACGACAUGUUUCGUCGAUUUGUAAACAUGAGGGGCAAAGGCAAGAAACUUCAGGAGGGCUUCAGAAGGGUGCUGCUUGAUCCAGGACCAAGCUUGGUGAUCUGCGAUGAAGGACAUGUAUUGAAGAAUGAUAGCACUGGCCUGUCUAAGGCGAUGGGUGAAAUGAAGACUGGUCGGAGGAUUGUGCUCACUGGAACCCCCUUGCAGAACAACCUACAAGAGUAUCACUGCAUGGUGAGCUUUGUCAAGCCUGGUCUGUUGGGAACAAAGAGAGAGUUCCUGAACCGAUUUGUGAACCCCAUUGCCAACGGAGCAUGUGCAGACUCAACAGUUCAUGACGUAAAGCUGAUGAAAAAAAGGGUGCACAUCCUCCAUCGCCUUUUGGACGGAUGUGUGCAGCGCUGCGAUUACAGUGCCCUGGCUCCAUUCCUGCCGCCCAAGUGCGAGUACGUGAUCAGCGUACGGCUGUCCGAGGUGCAGGUGGCGCUGUACAAGCACUUUUUAGAGCACCUUGCUCGUGGCCGCCAGAAACAGGCCGGAGCCGGCACGUCGCUUUUCUGGGACUUCAACAUGCUACGCAACAUCUGGACGCACCCAAUGCUGCUCGAGUUGAGCGCCGAAAGGCUCGCUAAAAAGGAGCUUCUCAAGGACGACGAGAGUGACAUGGCCUCCUUCAUUGACGAUGGGUCAGUGUCAGAAAAGAGCUCUUCAGAAUCAGAUGGCAAUGAUGCUGUCAUUUGUUUGGAUGAUGAUGAGGGACCCAAGACAAGAUCCCAGAGGAGGGCAAAAAAGAAGGACGACAGUGACCGGGAUGAGAAAAAGGAAAAUGACAAAGGUGACAAAAGCAGUGAUGACGAAGUUAUAUCAACAUGGCAGACAAGAAGCCGAGGUAAUCCAGAUGAACGGCCGCCCACACCACCGAAGCAAGAGAAGAAAGAAUGGUGGGACCAGUACGUUUCUGAAGAAGACAUGGAGAAGCUGCAGAUUAGUGGGAAAAUGAGUCUGCUGUACAAUAUCCUCCAGGAAUGCGAUGCUAUUGGUGACAAAGUGUUACUGUUCAGCCAAAGCCUGCUGACUCUCGACAUGGUGGAGAGGCUACUGGAACAUUGCGAUGAACGAGCGGCUGCUGUGGAUCCCGAUACGGCCCUUGUGGAUCCCACAGAUCCGUUGCGUGACUGUCACAACACGUGGGUGCGGGGCAUCGACUACUUCCGUAUGGAUGGCUCAACAUCAGUGGAUUUGCGUGCGCGCUGGAUCGAAAUGUUCAACGACGAAGACAACCCUCGCGGCCGCCUGUUCCUCAUCUCAACAAAGGCGGGCUCACUGGGGACCAACCUCGUCGGUGCCAACCGUGUGGUGCUCAUGGAUGCCUCAUGGAACCCCACACACGACAUUCAGGCCAUCUUCCGGGUGUAUAGAUUUGGCCAGAAGAAACCCGUCUUCAUCUACCGCAUGCUUGCACAGGGAACAAUGGAGGAGAAGAUCUACGAUCGCCAGGUGACCAAGCAGUCCCUGUCGUGCCGCGUCGUGGAUGAGCAGCAGAUAGAGCGCCACUUCAAUGCGUCCGACCUUCUAGAGCUCUACAAUUUUACUCCAGACAGCAAAAGCAAUAGACCUACACCCAUGGUGCCUAAGGACCGGCUCUUGGCGGAGCUGCUGAUUCGCAACAAAAACUGGAUUGUAUCCUACCACGAGCACGACUCCUUACUCCAGAACAUCACUUCUGAAGAACUCACGGAAGAGGAGCGCAUGCUUGCGUGGGAAGAGUACAGGAAUGAGCGCGAGGGACGAAUCAACUCCAACAUUGCCGACUUGCCCACGUCUAUCACUUCGGAGGGUAUGGGGCAGACCUUCACGCUCUCACUGGACCUCAAUAGGAUGAUAGCUGACAUUAAAACCAAGUACCCAUACUUGACACCUAAUCAACUGGUUGAUCAGCUAAGGAAGGUUCUGCUUGCAUACCGUCAAGAGUUCCAGCAGCGACAAAUGAGUGCAUUUGAGAAAAGAAACAUGUUCCUCCAGGCAAAGCAACCAGUACCAAAUGAAGUCGCAACUCAACUUACGGAAUCAAGCCUGGCCAUUCAACAAUUGAAUCGGGUCCUUGCUAAACUUCAAGGACUUGGAGCGCAGCAACAAGAGACAUCGCAACAACAGUACUAUCAACAGCAGGCUUACCUGCAGCAGGCUCGGGCACAAGCGCAAGCAGCUCAGGCACAGGCCCAGGCAGCUCAGGCAGCUCAGGCACAGGCCCAGGCACGUGCUCAAUUUUCACAGCAGCAGGCCCGCUACCAGUUCCAGCAGAGGCAGCAACAACACAGAAUGCCACAAGCAGGGGCACGCCUAUCACAGGCACAGCAGAUCUAUACCAAUGCGUACAAUUACUGCAUCAGUCAAGGGGUCACCCAUGCUGCAGCGAGUAGAUAUGCCUUGAACCAGCAGCGAGUAGCCUUCCAACAGCUGCUCAUGCAGCAGCAAAUGCAGCAGCAAAUGCGUAACCGCCCUGCACCACAGAGCGUGGUCAUCUCCGAAGUAGAGGACGACGCGGAAGUUGCCGGCUCGUCGUCAUCUUCCGGCACGCGACAGCCACCGUCGUCGUCAGUUGUGAUCACGGAGGUCAUCGAUUGAGACUCCUACUGUGUCCUUAUCACAGACCCCAUGCUGAGCUUCGAAUUUGUCAUCAGCACAGGCUCCAAGGAGGCCAGUGAGGUUACCACUACUGUGCAGUGACACUGGUGGUUUUCUAAACUGAAAAUAUUUCAUGUAUAAUAUUCCUUGUUCAUUUAUGGGGUUGACAUUCAAAACUACGGGCAGGUGGGCUUUCAUGUCUGAUGUAACAGUCAAAUCAAAUCUUAAUGUUGGUCAUUUUGCUGAUACAAACAUCGGAAGGUGUAAUUCAAUAAGUUACUGUAGUCAUCUGUUGCUUGGUCAGUUGUACGAGUGUUAAUUCAUCAAGUGGACUUCGUUUAUGGUCUUGUUCGUACAGUAAAUAACAGUUCCAUUGUUGUAACUUUUGAUAUAUUAAAGGUAUUGUUUGGAAAUACUGUAGCAGGUUUAAAAAUGCACGCUUUUUCUUCUGAAAAGUAGAGCUGAAAAAAAAAAAUAGCAAUGACUACAUUUAUUGUGCAUUUUUUUUUUCCUAACUGUACAAGUGUUUCCCAUUGCAUAGUUGCCAACGCCAGCACACGUACCAUAUUCCUGGAAAUGGCAAGUUUAUGCAUACAGGCUGUCUUGUAAUGCCCGAGACCAAUUUUGCUAUAGUAUGCUCAUGACCUCUUGCAGUGAUGUGCUGGGGCACUGAGUGCCAUUCUUUAUUGCAUGCACUUAGCAUAAUUUUAAUACUUCAUUGAUGCUUUGUGAGGAGACAUUACUUGCACCAGUCAAACCAACUCCAAGUUUCCACUCACUUGUGUUCCUUGCAUUAAGUUCACCACUUUUGUCAUUGUAUUCUUCUUGUUUUAUCUGGUUAUGUGGCCAAGACCUAAUGUUCUAUUUAAUGUUAAAGUGCUCUAUUUAAUGUUAAAGUGCACCCAAUCGCUGCAUUUGUUUUUGUUUUCUUUCUUGUGUGUUUCUGCACAUCAUUGAGUGGCCCAAAAAGCAUAAGAAAGUAUAAGCACAACUUUCUCUUAUAUAUUUGGAUAUAUUGUAUUUAUGAAAUAUAUUGAAUUAGCUUUGUCCUCAUUGAGUGAAGUGUGGCUGCAAAACCAUGAAGCUGUAUUGUCAUUGCGAUUUUGGCUACCGUAACACCACAAGCUACAGUCAUUGUAUAAAAACGCCUUGUAAAGUUGAGCUUGCUGCCAGUUUUAUUUAAUUGGUUGCUCAUGGUUAUACAAAGCUCUAUCUUUUCUUUAUAAUUAUAGUUUGCAUAGGCUUAUGCACUGUGCACUCGUUUUAAUUUAAGUUAUGCUACUGGAUGUAUCCUGGACAGAUAGAUGCAUCAGAAGCACAGUUUAACACACUAAAGCCAAUAAAAUUAUCGCUCGUGACCUUAUUAGGUCUGCUGAUAGGUAUACUGUACAUUUUUAGUCAUUUUAAUUGAUAACGUGUUCCUUGGUCAGUUACUCAGUGACUACUGUAUCUCAUUUGUACAGCUAGUGUAUGUUCGUACGAAAGUAAAAAAAAGAAGUGUGAUGGUGACCUAAUGUAUAGAAAAUUCUAUGCUUCUUUUUAGAUGCUUCUACUUUUCUUACACUUAAAUUGCAUGUGCAGAGUCCGACAGUCACGCCUCAUAUGCAUAUGUGGGCACAACUCUGCAUAUCUCUGUUCAAUUGCUUUUUCCACUCCAUAAAAGUGUUUUUACGAUUUUAUGCUCUGCCA